AUGAUCUCCCGGUGUCUCGUAGGCACUUUUGUGCUUUCUCAGGCAAGCACCAUAUUCGCCGCCACGGCGCAAUCCUUUACGCCGGCGGCACAGUCUCCAUUCUCGACAUCCACCAACUACACUGGUCAAACCAAUGGGUCACUUCCCGUCGAGUCUGUUACCGAAGGGAAAGUCUUCGAUCGCUUCAUUCAGAUAUGGCUCGAGAAUACCAACUUCGCCACCGCUAAUACAACUGCAACAUUCCGAACACUGGCUGACCAAGGGAUCCUGAUGAGCCACUACUAUUCACUAACGCAUCCAUCUCAACCAAACUACAUGGCUACCAUCGGCGGCAGCUUCUGGGGCGCGGCAGAUGACAACUCCCACACCAUACCUUCCAACAUUGGAACAAUGAUUGACCUCCUCGAAGCCGGUGGCGUAUCAUGGGCGGCAUAUGCUGAACAUCUGCCAUACGAUGGAUUCAAUGGCACUGAGUUCUCUUCAACGAAUUACGUCACCCCAGGCGCGGACGACUACGCAUAUUACAUGCGCAAACACGUUCCACCGAUGUUAUACGACUCGGUUAAAACUGUGCCCUCUCGAGCCGCGCGCGUACGCAACUUCAACGACUUCGCUGCGGAUGUGAAUGCAUCAGCUCUACCUCAGUGGAUGUUCGUCACGCCGAAUAUGGUCGAUGACGCCCAUGACACCACCAUUGACUUUGCGGCAUCCUGGCUCGACUUCUGGCUCGUGCCGCUCCUCUCCGACUCCCGUUUGAACAAUGACCGCACACUCAUCCUGCUCACCUUCGAUGAGACGGAGAACUAUCUUAUCAACAACAAUGUGUUCGCUGUUCUACUUGGCGGAGCGGUGCCCGAUUCUCUGCGCGGGACAACGGACUCCACGUAUUACACGCACUACUCCUCGAUGAGCACGGUUCAGGCGAAUUGGGGUCUCGGAUCGCUCGGCCGAGGCGACACGGACAAGGACAAAGCAAACGUGUAUCAGAUGGUGGCGAAUGUGACAGGAUACGAGAACAAUGACAUCGGACAGCCGGGCGGUGCAUCCAUACCACUUACUAACAUCUUCGGGAACCAGAUACCUCUGCGGUCGGUGCGGGAGGAGGGCCCGUCUUCGUCGGCUGACUGUGAUGGUGAGAGACGCAUUCCUUGCCACGAAAGUAUCGUCAUGGGUGCGCUCGCGUUUGACCAUUUCAACUGA